AUGACGGCGAAAUUUGGCGUCAGAGAUUGGUAUAUUAUGGGAGAGAUGCCGCACAGUACCGAGCAAAUAUUCACCAUGACGAGAGGUGAUAAAAGAGGGUGUCAAGGCUCCAAUUCACUUGAGCAUGCCCAACCUGGGAACAAGGCUCCGCGACAGGCAGUGGCCGCAAUGGGAGGCAAGUCAACUCCUCUCGGCGGCGUGCACUUGAGGAUGCCAGUCGGUAAGAGGGUGGAGAAGAGACAAGGCGCAAAUACUGUUCGUGUGAAGGAGCACUUUUGUGGAGUAGAGCAAAAUUCCCAUGUUGGAGCAAGGCGCACUGAGGGUGAAUCUGAGCCUGGCCUAUGGUGUGUGAAUAUAAUUGUGCCUGCAGCAUUCGGGUUAAGCUGUUUCAAUGCCCACUCCUUCAUGGCCUGUGUGAAAUUGAAGAGCUAA